CAGCAGCACCGCCACCUCUACCGACGCCAGCACGGCUCAGCUGUUUCUGUUUACCAAACAAAGGAGCCAGUUCAACGGUGGACCGCGAACUGCGCGCUCGUGUUCGCGCGUCAGACGUUAGUUCCUCCUCCUUGUUGUCGUUGUCGUAACAAUUUUGUGCAUUUCGUGAUCACAUGAAAAGCUAAUCGCUAUCUCUCUCUCUUUCUCUCUCUCUCUCUUUCUUUUUCUUUGUGUAUAAAUAUAUAUAUAUAUAUAUAUAUAUAUAUAUAUAUCUUUCGAGUAAAGUAUAUCACGCUUUUGAAAUCGCUGCUGAUGCGUUCCUAUCGUGCGGUCAGUGAGGAAGAAGAAGAAGAAGAAGGUUAGGAAGAAGAGGAAGAGGGGAGGAGAUUUGAGGAUCGAAGGGCAACCGAAGAGGAAGACAUAGCAAAUGUUGUAAGAAUGCCGUCGCUGUUGGAAGCCUUAGAGCUCAAGUACGGUAGCUCGACAACAGAAUGCUCGUUGACGGACGACGAAGGAGAAUCUGGCUCACCGAAAGCAGCUCUUUCAGUCAGCAUCUUCAUUCCAAAAAAAUCACCACGUCACACGGUACCGGCAUUGUUGGUCCUGCAGGAUUGCGAUAUCGAGUGUGCCGGUAAUGAUGAUGAAAAACUACGUAACAAGUGUAAAAAUGUUGAGGAAUUGGAUCUGGCACAGAACAAACUCUCGCAAUGGACCGAGGUCUUUGGUAUACUUCAACACAUGCCCAAGAUCAAGUUCGUUAAUCUUAGCUUCAACUGUCUCGCCGAGGUGUUGGAGAUCAAGCAUGGCAACUACGAUCUACUAAGGAAUCUUGUAUUGAACGGCACCAGAGUCUCCUGGUCGACGGUUCAAGGCUUGAUACGUUUGCUACGUAAUCUUGAAGAACUUCAUUUGUCCUUGAACGAGUAUAAAACUGUCGAUUUAGAUUAUCGAAAGGUAGAGAACGUCAACAGAUCGUUAAAGAAGUUACACUUCACUGGCAAUCCAGUUGAAGUUUGGAACGAGAUAUCGAAGUUAGGCUACGUUUUCCCGAAUCUGGAAAGUCUCGUUUUAGCCGAAUGUCCAAUUAGGUCUCUUGGACUUGAAGAAAAUCGUAAUUUACCUAAUGAUCGUGAAGAUCUUCGAAGGCAAAAUGAGGAUUCGGAAAAUUGUACGCAAGAUAACGAGAAUAUGAAUAACGUCGAUGUCGAAGGACGUACGUCGGUUGACGAGACGGGCAAACACAUUAUUACGGAGAACAAAGUCAGCUACGAUAGGUCGGAAUCGGAAUCAGAGUCCAGUGGUAAUAAGGUCCCAUCACCUCACGAUCCUUUCAGAAUGCUUAGGUUCUUAAAUAUGAAUGGAACAUUGUUGGGAACUUGGGACGAAGUCGAAAGACUUUCGAGAUUUCCUGCAUUGAAAUCUUUAAGAAUUCACAGCUGUCCCUUAUUCGAAAGUCCUCGAGAAUACACGGAACACGAAAGACGUCAGUUGUUAAUAGCAAGGCUUCCCAAUGUCGAGACUUUGAAUGGCGGUGGAGUGAUCUCGUCUCAAGAACGCGAGGACGCUGAAAGAGCCUUUAUUCGUUACUACAUGGACAAACCGGAAGCUGAUAGACCAGAAAGGUAUUCUGAGCUUGUGGCUAUUCAUGGGAAAUUGGAUCCCCUAGUACACGUUGACCUAACACCAGAGAAGAGGGUCAAGGUGACAUUCACUUACGGAGAUCUCGUCGAGGUACGAUCGGUAGAUGUAUAUAGAACAGUUUUCGAAUUAAAAACGAAACUGGAAUCGAUGGUGAAAAUACCAGCGAAUAGAAUGAGACUCUUCUACGUCGAUCAAGUGAUGAAGGGACACCAUGGACCAGAGGAGAUGUUGUAUCCUAAUAAACAACUCUAUCGGUACAACAUCAGUAAUGGUGACGAGAUCAUAAUAGAUAGCAAGUUGAAUCGAUGCGCAUCAGCACCGUCGAGUACGUCUUCCAUACGAUCCUGAGAAAAGUCCACUCAAGAUUUGGAAACUUCCUAAACACUCGAUCAUUUUCUUCGGUACAUCGAUCUUCGUAAAUCGACAUGAUCAACAUGAAAAAGAACGAAAAGAAAGACGAUCGAAAGAGUUUUUUUCCGUAUAAGGAUAAUAAUCGACCGAUCGUCGAUUCGUCGAGAUCGAGAGUCCACUAAAGUUUCUUAUCCUGGGAACUCGAAUUCGAUGAGAAAAUGAGAUAAUAUAAUGAUUAAAAACAAUAAUAAUUUUUGAAGGAAAAAAAGAGAGUUGAUAAUGAAAACGAAAUUCGUCAUUACACUCUCAUUGUUUUUAACGAAAAUAGGAAAAAGAAGAAGAAGGAACAGAAAAUGAAGAAGGAGAUAAAGUACAUGAUAAUCUUGACAGCUAAAACGCGAUACCAUAUCGACCAUAAUUUCAUUAUAUAUUCACGAAUUCACGAAACGUUGCUAAGUACGUACAGCCACAAAUAAUUAAAGAAUAUUACAAGGACAAGGAUGAUACGUAUGAAGCUCUUUAAAAGCAUUUUCAGAAGGAAACAAACUACUUUUUAUGCUUCGCAUAUAAUUUUUCAUGAUUUAUCGUCUUAUAACACGGUUGAAUGAACAACCGAUACUACUAGCUAUAAUUACUAACGUUAUAACAGAUACAAAUAAAAUUCAUAAAUAAAAUCAAACACACGACUCUGAACAAUUUACGUUUAAUAGAAUCUUCUCUCAUAAAAAUUCGACUCGAUGAUGAUUUUCGUUAUUGCGAACAGAGCAAGUUUGAAAAUCGAGAGCGAUAACUAUCAUAUUGCUUCCAUUCUUUCAUUAGCAAAUUGAAUUUACGACGUACAUAAGUAACGUCGAUGAGAAGCAACGUGCAUGAUUGGACGACAAACGUAAUUGAUAUUGCAUUUAAGAAGAGAAUUUUAUGCUGCGUCUAUUGUCGACGAGAAGUCUGUAUAUAUCGAUAUAUCAUCAUCGAUAGAAUUCGUGCAAGAUGUGUUACGUAUUUAAAAAAAAGAAACGAAAACUAUGCUUUAUACGACUCUUUUUAUUUAAAAGCUAUAAGAAAGAAAUGAUUUAUGUGCUAGUUCCUUUGCACGUUAAAUCGAUGAAAGACAAACGUAAUGAUAAUAAUAAGAUCCAACGAUAAAUCCGUAUGGUUCUGAUAUAAAAGCAAAAAUCCAAUAUAUGAACUGGUAAUUAUGAAAGUGGUUUAAGUAAAAAAUGAAAAAAAUAACAUUACUUUAUUGCGCAAUUCAUAUGACAAUGGUCUAAUUAUAUGAAUUACUCAAUAAACUAAUUUGCUCAAAGUUUCUACUUAUAGUUAGACGACCUUCAUAAUAACGGACUCAUAUGAAGAAAAGAGAAACACACACACAUUUACAUAUAUAUAUAUAUAUAUACCGUGCCAAAAAACAGGGUCUUCAAUCGAUUUCUCGGUCGUUGAAAAUAUCUUAACGACGGACCUAUUUUCUUGCGUUGAAUUAUUUUAAUCUUUCGAUCUUUGUGAAUAAAUCCAAUUUCCAAUUACAAUUUCUUACUUGAUAAUAACUUAUUCAGUUAAUAAAGUCGAAACAUUUUAUACAUAUGCAAAAAGAUAACAGAAUGAAUUAAAAAAAAAGAAAUGUAAUAUUUAAUUUGUUUAUAAUGAACGACUGUAAAUUCGUUUAUUCUUUCUAUAUUAUUAUAUCUAAAUACCGAAAACCUUCUCUUAUUUCUUUCUACUGUAUGCACACUCACGCGUGCACGCACACAUACACACACACAGAUAUAUCUAUUUAUCUAUUAGUAUAUUUGCUCAUAUUCUAUAUUUAUACAUUUCUCCUGGAAACCUUAUACAUGUCUUCUUAAAAUGAUUUCAAUAUUUCUUUCUUUUACGUCAAGUAGAUCAUUAAUUGUAUAUUGGGCUCGUAAUUCUCAUUAUUUCCUAAAGAGACAAAGAUACGUUUAUCUGCUUCUUCUAGUAAACCAUCGUCAACCUAUCACAUGGCUCUCGAUUAAAUCUGUCGAUCUUACUCUCACUUAUACGAGCUUGUAGAAAAGCUUACAUACAAGUUUCAAGUAUGAAACUUUCUAACAAAAGUUUAGCCAUUAAUAAUUUAACUGAAAUUUAAGCAUAACUAACAUUUCAAACUAAAGCAACUUUUAAUGUUUUUUAAUCGAUCCUCUUAACACGUUACUUUUUCUUAUACGUUUGUUAAGAAUCUUUGCACGAUAGUGAAGAUUAAUGGAUAUGUAUGUAUGAAAAAAUUUGGUCUAUUUAGACAGACCUUAGAUAAAAGAGAGAGAGAGAGAGAGAGAGAGAGAGAGAGAGAGAGAGAGAGAGAAUGUUGCGUGCUUAUAAAAUGUUGCGCAUAAAUGUAAUAAUGUUAUUUUUACAGGCUCAAGCAAUGUUAGUAGAGUAUCUUGUAGAAUCGUUCGUUAAUGUUUUAUAAAGAGGUCGAUGAGCGUUGUUUAUAAGUUGUGACUUGCGCGUUAUUAAUAAUUAAUAGAUCAACGUCGAAAUUAGAAAAUCUCAAUCAUUCGUUUGUCCGGGACGAACUUUGAAGAGUCACUUAGUGCCUAUCUUCUUAACGAGCUUUUCUGCUCGGAUAUUUGUAUCACUGCCUUGUAAAUACCGUUGAUAUACGGUAAUCCGGAUUGGCAAGGCACUGUAUAUAAUUAAAAAUCAAAAAAAAUAAAAAAAUAAAAAAGGAAUAAAAAAAAUAAAAAAGAAAUUAAAAAAUAACAAAAGAUGAAGAAAUGACAAGCGAUUAGUAUUUUCACAACAACAAAAGGAAAGGAGAAAAAUUCUGUCGGUCUAUCAUACCUGCAAUUGUGAGCCCCGUUCAAUCACGUACUAUCAAAUUGAUGAUAAGAAUGAAAAAAAUCAAGAAAAGACAGAUGGAUGAUGACUGCAAAAGUUAUUAGAUUCUGAUUUCAAAAUUUCGUACGAUGUUUUGAUUCAACAAUUGUAUAUAUGUAUGUAUGUAUGUAUGUAUGUAUACAUGAUCGUACGAAAUUGGAAAAGAAUCGGGACGUACGAUUUUCUGCAGAUAGGAAUCGUAUGAGAAAAUAUUAUUUUUGUUUUCGCUGUUAUUUAACGAUCGUUGCAUAAGAUUAUUGUUUUUUUCUUUUUAAUUUAAUUCGAUGAGGGUUUCAAUGUCAUUUAGGCCUAAAAAAGAAUAUUAUCGUAUUGGAAAACGAUUGAAAAUGAAUUUUAUCGGUGAUUGUCAUCUACUGCGGAAAAUCGGAACGAUCGAAAUCAAAGUAGACGAACACUGUGAUCUAGCGCGCUAUAUACGUGUCUAAUCUCGGAUCGGGAUACUCAUCUCAUUCUCAUUUUAUAAAACACGAUCAUUUUUUUUGUGCUGGCGCAAAUGUACGUACUAACAAAAUAAAUCGUUUACAUUAUACGUACCGACUCUCAAUGAUUGUCAUAUAUAUUAUCCUUGAAUGUAACUUGUGCUUCUUCAUCGACUUUUCCUUAGUUGAAUGUUACUACGAUGACGUCUGAAUAUUAAACAUUACAUCUGACGAGAGAUAAUAUUUUAUACUUCGUUAAUAAUAUCGCUUAAAAACUUUAUCCAUUGAUAAAAGAAACUUUACAGUUACCUAUAAUAAUAAGUUGCACUUUUUUUGGACCAAGAUAAACAAUAUUGCAUAAAAGAAAUUUUGCAUAUGCAAAAUUAGUAGUUAGGUAAACUUAACUAAUAAAUAAUAAGCGAUAUACUGAAGAAUUUUAUAUACAUAUUUGUAAAGGAGAAUUAUUCCUAAAAUUGAAAUACAAAAAAGUAAUAGUUGUAGACUGAAGGUAAGCAUUCAUGUUAGUAAGACGAAAAAAUUAACUUCAGUUUACAAAAAAGCUUCAAAUUAAUACAAUUAACAAAUAUUAUUAAAAUAUUUGAGAUGUUUGGGGAUUACCACAGAGAUGGCCUCUUUUGCCAGAGUAGUCGUAUCAAAUACCAAACAUCAAGCAUUGACAAGAGAUGAUUGCUGUAACUAGUUCUCAUAGGGUACUCAACACUGAUAUAUCUUAUAUCUGUACAUGCCACAUCCGGGCAAUUGCAUCAACUUAGAGGCUAAACUAAUAUAGCACAACAGUAGUAUCUGAUUCAGAAUGAGCGGUUACAAGUAGUGUCUAAUCCUAGGUUAAGAUCGGCUAAUUUUGAACUAUAGAAGACAACGGGAAACCACUCUAGUAAUCAAUAGCAGAGAAAUUAAUAGAAGAAGAAAUUGUAGAGAAGAAAUAGCGAGGAAUCAAUUAUCAACAGCUCCUAGUUCCGAGCAGUCUUUUUAUAGACAAACGUACAAAAAAUAUUUCAGCUUAAAAUAAUGAAGUCAUAGCCACAUGGAACGUAAGAAGCCUGUUUGAAAGAAGCCUGUUUGAAACGAAAUCGUCAAACUAGAUAACUUGACGAAGGAAAUAUUGAAGCUGAAAAUGCAGAUCCUAGAAAUUAGUAAAUACAGAAGAAGUCUGUUCUAUUCUGAGAAUAAUACCCAGGACUGAUAUCAUUGAAAUGAAACAGAUAUUUCGUCACCUUCAAACUUACGAAAUGUGUCAGGAAUUUUACAUUUAUCUUGGAUAGAUUUAUGCUAUUGCAAAAAAGCGGAUAUCCAUUUGACAUAAACAUGUCACAAAUACGGCAACAAUAGAGAAAAGUACUAUGAAGAAGUCAAGAAAUUUUUUACAUCCAUCGAGGACAAUGUCAAAUCUAUUAUGAAGAAUGAUAUAACUUUCAUCAUAGAAAAUUUCAACGCUAAAAUCGGAUAAAGAAGACGAAUGGAUAUUGUGAGACACUAUGAAUUAAGGAAAUGCAACAAUAGAGACAACAAGUUUUACCAAUUUUGUGAAGAAAUGGAAAUGGAGAUAUUCAACACCGAUUUCAAAUACCUACCUAAAUAACGAUUAUACGCAUAGAAAUCAACUUUUGAUGAUUCGAAAGGGCCAACUCAGAUUAGGAACCAAAUCGAGUACAUCCUAAUGAAUAAGCGAUUCAAAAAUUUGUCAAAAGACUCGAAUUCAAAUAUUGAUUGAGACCAUAAUUACUAAGAGUACUAUGUGUCGAAAUUGUUUGAAAAUUGUAGGUUGUAGUCGUAUGAAAUUAACACCCACAAGAGUCCCGAAAUUUUUAAAUUAUAGAUGUUUAAAACGUUUUAAUAGCAAAUUAUUAUAAUAUAUUUUGCAUUAUAAUAGCAAGAAACAGGAAAACGUUGGUCCUGAUGGAAUUCCGAUGGAAAUUAUAAAACUAAUAAACAAGGACAAUAUCGAUCUCGUCAAACUAUUUAAUAUAGAUCGGGAGAAAUUUCAAAAAUUUUAUUAAAAUUAACCUUUGUAGUUCUUCCAAAAAAAUUUAAUCCAAAGAACUGCAAUAAUCAUCGUCUGAUUUAUCCUACGCUAAACCUUAUGCUAAAACCUUUCUCCUCAUAAUCCAUGUCAGAAUAAGAUCGAAAUGCGAAUUGGAUCUAGAUGACUCUUAAUGUGAUUUUAGGAAUGUCUGGCAUGCACGAAGCUCUCUAUUUGACGUCAAUAUUCUCUUACAAAAAUGUCAUCAUCAACGUAGAAAUAUAUUCGCAUGCUUCGUUGACUAUGAGAAGGCAUUUGACGAGAAGACAAAGCCCAGUACCCAAAACUAAUCAAUCUUUGUAAUAGGUGGGCGUGGAUAGCAGGGAUACCAGGUUAAUCAAAAACACGCUAAUCGAAAACAUCAUACAGAGGUGAAAAUGAGAAUGAAAUUGAAAGACAGCAGAAUUAGAGAUAUAGAGAGAAAUCCAACAACAAUGUAUUCCGUUUCCUUUACUAUUCAAUCUAUAUAUCGACCGUUUUUUCAAGUAGACACUGCUAUCUUGCUACAACUCGAUAGGAAACAAAUCGGACGGGAAAACAGCUUCGAAUACUUAGGAAGCGUUCUUUUUGAAAGUAUAGAUCCCGAUAAGAAGAUGAAAUGCCGAAUUGAAACUGCUUGUACUAUUUUCAAUAAAAUGAAUUUUUUUUAUUAA